CCUCCUUCGUCCUUCGUGUUAGAGGAUCCCCACAGGGCCAAACCCACUGAGCACGGACUGAGCCUGCCCGACUCCCCCAAAUCCUGAGCCUCGCCGUCGAGCCGUCGAGGCAGCCAACCCUAGCUCCCCCAUUUCCAGUCGCAUCGAGCGAGCCCUUGUCGGAGCAAGGCCGCGAGCGGUGACUGGUGGCGAGGAUCCAAAUCCUCCGUCCCGCGCUCGCCAGCCGCCGGCCAUGGGGAAGAGGGGGGCCGCGGCGGCGGCGCCUGGGCCCGACAAGCCAGAACCCCACGGAGCCGCAGAGAAGCGGGCACGGAGUGGCGACGGCGACGAGACGGGCGACGAUUUCAUCAGCGGGCUCCCCGAUGUCGUCCUUGGCACCAUCAUCUCCCUCCUCCCCACCAAGGACGGCGGCCGCACGCCGGUCCUCUCCCGCCGAUGGCGCCACCUGUGGCGCUCCGCGCCUCUCAAUCUCGAGGUCACCCUCGCCCCCGUCCGCACCUCCUCCCGUUGCGUCCCCGCCCGCACCUCCUUCCGCGUCCGGCCCUCCGCCGUCUCCGAGAUAAUCCCCCAGCACCCUGGCCCCGCCCGCCGGUUUUACUUGCGUUGCCCCGGCGCCGGCGACCCAGGCGCCGACGACCUCUGCGCCCAGGCGGAGAGCUGGCUUCACUCCCCGGCACUCGCCAACCUCGAGGAGCUCGAUAUCAGCUACGCCAACCCCCGGCUGCUGCCAUCUGCGCUCCGCUCUGCACCCACUCUCCUCGUUGCCAAGAUGAGCCAUUGUAGUUUCCCCAACGAGAUCGGGCCGUCCAUGAACUUCCCCCUCCUCAAGCAGCUCUCCUUCAUGGACGUUUCCAUCCCGGAGGAUGUCUUCCACGAUUUGCUCUCUGGUUGCCAUGCCUUGGAGAGCCUUUACGUGUCCGAAGUUUUUGGUAUGGGAUGCCUCCGUAUUAGCUCGCCGAAAAUCAGGAGCAUCAGCAUCCGUCAUACCUCUAUGCAAAAAACAGAACUGGUCAUCGAAGAUGCUCCUCGGCUUGUAAGGUUACUAAUACCUUACUAUGGUUCCUGUGAUAAUGAUUGUGUUACUAUCCGGGUAGUUAGGGCGCCUAAACUGGAGAUAUUGGGCCCUUUGUUACUCGUCGUCUCCAAGCUCCUAGUCUCCCAGGGAAUAAGCCCAGUCGGCUCGGCAAACUCAAUGCACACCGUGAAGAUUUUGGCUCUCAGGUCUUCUGGCCAUGAAUUGGACCCAGUUCUUAACAUCCUCAGGUGGUUUCCUUGUCUGGAACAGCUCUAUGUCAUUUUUCACGAACACAUUGAGGAGGAUAAGAAAAAUGGGCCUCAGUAUGACCCGCUACUUCCAAUUGAAUGCCUUCAAACCCAUCUCAAGAGAGUGGUGUUUAGGCCAUUCACGAGCAAUGAGAAACAGUAUGAGUUCGCCAGGUUCUUUGUUUUGAAUGCAGAAGUGUUAAACAAAGUUGAAUUUGAAGGAUUCGGUGGCUACAACAGUGUAUCUGUGGCUUAUCAACACAGAUUUCUACGAGUGGAAAACAGAGCUUCUCAAGAUGCUCAAUUUGAAUUCAGGAGAUAUAUCCGUACCGAGCACCAGCUCGUAGAGCACAUCCAUGAUUUGUCAGUGGCUGACCCCUUCCGCAGCCAUAGACAGGAUUGAUGCCUGAAGAUUGCACUGUCUUAGUGUCUUGUGCUCAUCUGUAGACGUUGUUGAUGCCUGAAGGCUGCAUCAUCUUCUGCAUAAGUCUGCUCAAUUUCUAGUCUGAAGUUCCUCUCUUAUUCCGGUAACUUAUGAAGUUGCCCCUGUUAAAACUGAAAAAGUUGUUUCUGGAUGCAAAAAUAAGUGCACUGAAGUAAAUUUCUGAUGGGCAGGGAUGCAAAUAUUACUGCCGAAAGUUGUAACUGUGCAGUUAUGGCUUUGUUCUGCCUAUGCUGGGUGUUGGAUACUUAAUUGUCUUUUCAUUUGUAUGAAGAAGCACGAGACGUUUGAUGCUUAUGAAAGGUCAGCCUGUGGCUUAGGCCCCUAUGAUUUUCUAGCUAGGAAGGAGAUGCCUCUCUGUAAUUUUAAGAUAUAUCUGUGUAUGUUAUCAGCUAGAAAUUCUGCUAAUGAUCAUCAUGCUUCAGUUGGCUACUGUUUGUUCUGUUAUUAUAGUUGAGUUCACUGAAAUUGAAUUGAUCACAUCCUUAACAGCGUCGUAUUGGGCUAAGGACCUGAAGAUAGUGUUGGCUUUGCCAGUGAUUCUGGUGUAUAUUGCUUCUUAACUUGUUUUCAUCAUUACUACUACUAGAUAAGUAGUAAUUCUAAACAUCUCUAAAGAUAGUUCAAUCCUAGUUGCUAAAGAUAGAUAUAACUUUGUUACUUGCAAGACCAGAUUUCGGUCUGCUAAAACUACCAUUUGUUGUGUCGAAUGCUUUAUUAAUCCACCUAAUUUGCCCUUUGAUUGAAAAACACUACUCCUUUGGUCAUCUAGUAUUGUUCAAUCUGGACCACCAGCUAUGUUGGCUGGAUGACCUAUAGUUCUCCGUCCCUAUCGUAAAAAGGCCCUAAAAGAAGCUUGAGAUCCUGAACGACAUCAGCAGUUUCAAUGAAAUUGACGACAUCUCGUCAC